GGCACGGUGGCGCUGGAGACGGCGGCGGAGGGCGGGCACUAUGAGGUGAUGCGGCUGCUGCUGCAGCGCCCCGGGCCCGCCUGCGCUCCCACCCCGCUGGCCUUCGGUCUCGCGGCCCGCUCCGGAAACAUUGCGGCGCUGCAGCUGCUGCUGGAGGCGGCAGCAGCGGCGGCAGCGGCAGGGGGUGAGGCGGGGGCAGCAGGGGGGGCCGGCCAGCAGCUGGGGGCAGCAGCAGCAGCGGCGGCGGCGGCCGCAACUCCGGGUACCAGCGCAGGUAACACACCAGCAGCAGCGGCAACGGCGGCAGCGUCCAUCAUGCACCCGCAUGCGUACUUGGGAGCAGCGCUGUGCGAGCGCCAUGAGCCCUGCAUCACCUCCACUGCCACCACCUCCACUGCCAACACCACCACAGCAGCAGCAGCAGGAGGAGGAGGAGGCGGUCCCACCGCCCUCCUGACGGCUACACCCACCGCCACCUCCCUCCAGCUCGGCCUGGGUGCGAGCAGCAAUGCCAACCCGCCUGCCGAAGGAAGGUCCGACAGCAACGCCGCUCCCGCUGCUGCUGCUGCCGCUACUGCUGCUGCUAUCACCUCCUGCCCCUCUGCUGCCCCUCCUGCUCCUCCUCCUCCUGCUGCCGGCAUCAGCAGCCCCGCCUCCCCAUGCCCGGGUCUAGGCGGCCGCUGUCAGGACAGGCUGGAUGUGUUGCAAUGGCUGGAGGCGCGCGGGUGUCCGGUGGGGGACGAGGCGCAGCGGGCGGAGGCGCUGAGUGCUGCGGCCAUGGUGGGUAGUCGGGUGCGGCUGGAGUGGAUGCGGGCGCGGGGGUUCGAGUGGAGCGCGAGGGCGUUCACAACGGCGGCGGCGUCGGGGUGCAUACAGCUGGUGGAGUGGAUGGUGAAGCAGGGCUGUCCCAUGGGUCGCCGCGGUGACGCGCUGCUGGCCGCCGCCGCCAACUCCGACAGCGCCAUGCUGGCGGCGCUGCGGCGACUGGGCUGCCCCUGGAGUGCCGACGUGCUGCCGCGCGCGGUGUGUGGUGUGUUACCGCUGUCGGCGAGCGGGGAGGGGCCGGGGCUGGCGGUGCGAUGCAGGCUGCGGGUGCUGAGGUGGAUGGUGGCGCAUGGGUGCCCGGUGACUAAGCAGGCCUACGAUGUGGCCCGCACCUCGGGUCGCUAUGACGUGGCUGAGUGGCUGAAACACUCGGGACUGCUGCCGUGAGAAGUGCUGCAGGGGUGCCAAGGUUACCAUGAGAAACGGAGUUGGUCCGAGUCAGGGCCCCUAAUGGCGGCCGUUUAGGGGAAUCCAGCUUUUUGUAUUCCAGCUGCUAUGUUCGGGGGGGGCUGACGUCUGUGAGGACUUUAGCAGGAGGAGGCCAAGAGAGGUGGAAAGAGGGGGUUGGACACGCCAGUUCGGGACGGGGAAGGACGCGUUUUGGCUGGCUGUAAAAUAUGCCAUGUGUCGAGUUGCUAGCUGGAGCUGUGGAGCUGUGGGGCUGUGGGGCGGUUGUCUUGACGGUGUGUAUUAUUAUUGAGAAGGAGUUGGAAAAAGAUUGGAAAAGGAGCUGGACAAAGUGUCGUUAUGUUAAGUCAUCAGGACGUGGUUAUGAUACGUGAGGGGUCACAUGGAUGCGCGCCUGUUGCAGGAUGGCCAGGUGGUUUAGUGGUGGGAAGGAGGGUGAGGUAUAUACCCGGUAUGACGUGCGCAGGGGGGGCUGCUGUUGCGGAUCGGGACAACCUAGUUUUGACAUGGCAUAACCCCGACGUGUUGCAACAGCGUGUUGAGAAGUUGCAA